AACCUGCGCGGUCGUGGGGAUCAGCCACGUGGGUUUUGUGGCUGUUUGCCAUCAGCUUCAUUCCGCACUGCCACUCCUGUCCCUGUACCUUCGAGAUCCUUGACAGCAUCAUUUCAGCUUCAACUUCACAGGGCAUCAUACUGUAUUGUGCUUCUGCUGUUGAAGUGGGCAUUUGUGCGUCAGAUGGCAUCUCGAAAUACCACUGUGGUCCUCAUGUGUUCCCGUGAUUGAUGCCGCGGCAUCUCGGAACUAGUAGUACGUACUAAACACACCGGUAUUCAUGGCAGAUGACAUGGGCAUUGGAUGGUCUAAGUAUUUUAGGUGAUGAUCUCGUGUGUGAAUUGUUUCUCAGCUCAUCAUGUCCUCCUACUUUAACCAGUCGCGUUUGGUUUGGAAACCCUUGCCUCGAAACUGCACAGAAGCCGAUGCUUUUAGAAGGUUCAUCAACCGCAAGCAUGGCUUCCAACUACAGAACUACCACGAGUUACACCAUUAUUCCACCUUAUGGGAAUUUCUUCAUAUCGUUUCCUCAGUGCCCCCGAAUAAGUUAGAGAUUAUAAGCCCUGGACGCAUACCUGAGGUUCCCAUCUGGUUCCCGGGCGCUCGUCUGAACUAUGCUGAGAAUCUUCUCGUACGGAACGAUGACAGCAUAGCAAUCACCGCCAGUGAUUAUACUUGGAAACAACUCCGGAGCAUGGUUAGAGAGAUGGCGGCUGCCUUGAGGGUGAAUGGCUUGGUUGUUGGUGAUAGAGUAGCAGGUGAAUCGCUAACAGCCCUACUGAAUUCCGCCAUCGCCAUUGUCCUUGCUAUCGCUACUGCGAGUAUAGGCGGCAUUUUUUCGUCUACAGCUACCGACAUGGGCGCUGAGGGAGUAUUGAGUCGAUACCGACAAAUCCAACCCAAGUUCUUCUUUUCGGAAACAGAAGUGUUCUAUGCUGGGAAAGCCGUCAAUCUUAUGUCGAAAGCUUACGCGGUCGUCGAAGACCUACAAGCACACGGCCUACAGCAUGCGAUCUUGCUCCCUAGUGGGAUCACAGGAAGAGAGCUGACUCCGAAGGCCGGAUCGAAGCUGAUGAAACUCUCUGCCUUCCUUGCAACAGGUGAUAACAGAGAACUAGCUUUCGAGCAGCUUCCAUUCAGCCAGCCUCUAUUCAUUUUGUACAGCUCGGGUACUUCGGGACCUCCGAAGUGUAUCGUGCAUUCGGCAGGCGGUACCCUCAUGACUGCCAAAAAAGAUAUUCAUUUGGGGGCUGACCUUCACUUUGGUCAGACACUGUUUCAAUAUACAUCUACGGGAUGGAUAAUGUGGACUCUCAUGCUCACAGCGCUGAGCUGUGGCGCACACGUUAUCUGUUACGACGGAUCUCCCCUGCAUCCUAAUCUCCGAACUUUCCUCAAGUUCAUCAAUGACCAGAACGUUACUCUAUUUGGAACCAGUCCUCGUUUCUUGUCAGAAAUACAAAGCCAGGGAAUAAAGCCUUGUCAAUUAUCGUUCAUUUGUACUUUGACAGUGGAGUUAGCGCCUUUCGAAGCCCUCGCAUCAAUUCUUGUCACUGGUGCCCCGCUCACGCCCUCGUUAUUCGCAUGGACUCAAGAAGUCUUUGGGGACACUGUUCAUCUUUUCUCCACGUCGGGCGGCACUGAUGUUUGCGGUGGAUUCGUGACAGGAUCUCCCUGCCUGCCAUCAUACGCUGGAGAGUUAAAGGUCAAGGCUUUGGGAAUGAAAGUUGAGGUCUUCGAUCCUGAGGGAAAUAACAUCGAGCAUACCUCCGAGCCAGGAGAACUCGUCUGUACGCGACCCCAUCCGACGAUUCCACUGUACUUUUGGGGCGACACUCUCGACGGUAAGAAGCUACGGGAAACAUACUUCAGUACCUACCCAGGUGUCUGGCGGCAAGGCGAUUUCAUGGUCAUCAAUCCGAAAACCAAAGGAGCCAUAAUUCUUGGUCGCAGCGACGGAGUGUUAAAUCCAAGUGGGGUACGUUUUGGUUCGGGCGAGAUCUACAACGUCAUGGGAAGAUUUUCUUCUACCGUGGAGGACUCUUUAUGUAUAGGUCAACGUCGCCCGAAGGACCUGAAUGAGCGCGUUCUCCUCUUCGUAAAAAUGCGACCAGGAAACAGCCUCUCUUCCGCCUUGAUCCAGGAUAUUAGAAGUUCUAUACGUACCUCUCUGAGUCCCCGGCACGUUCCUGCGUACAUAUUCGAAGUGGAAGACAUCCCGUAUACAGUCAAUGGGAAAAAGAUUGAAAUUGCAGUGAAGCAAAUUGUAUCUGGGUCCAGCAUGAAGCCGAGCGGUACUGUCGCAAAUCCAGAUUCUCUUAGACUGUACUACAAGUACGUGAAUCUGGAGGAUCUUGUCAACGCAAUGUCGAAGUUAUAA